AUGUAUCGUCUGCUGUGUAUGCUAGCCGCAGAGGGUAUCAGCACCGGCAAAUUAGCCGAGGAAUUCCGAGGAAUGCACCCCCCUUUUCAGGCUGGCCUACCCCUCCCUCCUCGCGGUACCUCAGCCGACUUCGAAUGUCUUCUUCACUGUCUGGCAGCAGACGUCUGCUCUACUCGCCGCCUCGGGACUGUGUUGGGAAGAAAUGCAAUGAGCCGCUUUUGCGCAUCCUUCACGCCCAGAUACAGCGCGCUUAGGCCACAAAUAACUCGGCCCAGGCAACACAAUUCAGCCCACGCUGAUCGGCCAACCACGACUGGUCGACAGAAGCACCUCGUGGAAGUCGGGCUGCCUGAGGAGGCAGUUAGCGACACGAGUGCACAUCCAUCAUUGGUGGCAACAAGAGACAGGCUUCUGAUGCGCCCAUCUGCCCGUGGCGAGAGGUUGAGGUCGAUGCGGCUGGGCAGAUGUAGCCAAAGUCGUGGUCGGCUGCGCUACUACCGAGAGGGCGGCAUCAAGUGCACCCCAACCGCCGAAUCCGGCCAGCCCGAAAGGCCGAAGGCAGAAGACUCAUGA